AUGAGCAUCACCGAAUUCGCCACGCUCCGAUUGAAACCGCCCUAUACAUCCUCAUCCAGUGAAGUCACCCAAUUCUUCCGCCGGCUUUCCGACCGGCAGAGCGCCUGGUCGGGACACCCCCUCCUCUUCUUCUACAACGCCCGCAACCCAUCAGAGGUGUAUCUGCUAUCAGGGUGGGCGGAUGUCCCUGCCCAUCACGCGUGGAUUGGUGGUAGUGAGAACCAGGAACUGCUGAGGCUCGCUGAGGGGAUAUUGGAUGUCGUGGAGCUGGUUCACCUCGGUAUCGAUUUCCGGGGGUUC